CAGUGACUCUAGUGAAAGCUACCUGCUGACUGUUCUCCACCACGCAGCCAAAAUGAAUUCUCAGAGAUCACCACCAACAUAUCCUCAACUAUUAACCUUCGCUCUCUUUGGAAAGGAUGUUGAGUACAGGGCCGCCAUUGGAAACUGGAUCCUCGGCACUAAUCUUUUCAACACAAACCCAAUCCUAGCUGUGAACAACUCAUUCAAAAUCAUCAACACUCCUCAUUUUUUUGAGGAAGACUCGGUGCACCCGGACCAGGACAUUAUUGACCUCAUGGCUCGUUCUUAUCCUGGACCCAAUCUGUUCAUACUGGCAGUAGAUUCAGAGAACAGCCAAGAGGAAAACGUUGUGGCUCAGAUCAGCAAACUUCAGGAGAUCUUUGGACAACAAGUCACAGAACACGUGUUUAUCAUAUUACCGGACAUAGAAAGCUUACAAUCACUCCUUCAUCUGAAGCAAAUUUUCAACAUCCAUUUGGCAGUCGCUAAUGAAAAUCUGGCCAGUGAAUGUAAAACGUGGUGUUUUGGCCGUCACUCUUUUCUGUAUGACUACAAGAACUACAGUGAAAGAGUUGUGAGAAGAAGAAGGACAGCCUUGAUGAAGAUCACAGUAAACAGUUUAUCUGAUGGCCCUCCUCUGCCUCACUAUGAAAGAGCAGGUCUUGACGCUAUGACUCCAUCGACCCCUCAAUAUGGCCUUUCUGCAUCUGCUGGAGAUACAUUUCAGAAUCACGCUUGUAACGGUGCCAAUGAAGUGACAGACACUAUGAUAAACAUCAUUCUGCUGGGCCUAACUGGAACUGGAAAGAGCGCAUCUGCAAAUACCAUCCUGACUGCCGGAUAUCCUAAAAUCGACCCGGAGCAACUUUUUAGAUCAGAGGCAAGCUCCAUGCCGAUCACCAAGCAGUGCGAGGCCAAAAUAAUCCAAAAACCAUUCAAGAGGCAGGUGAGAUUGGUCGACACCCCAGACUUCUUUAACGAGGAAGUCAAAAACUGCCAGGCACAGGUAGAAGCGUGUAAGAGGUUCUGUCAGCAAGGGCCAUGUGUAGUGUUACUUGUGUUACAGCUGGGUCGGAUCACUGAUUCUGAGAAAGAAAUAAUACAGAAGCUGGAGAACAAGCUUGGCUGGAGGAUCAGAGAUAGCACAACCGUCCUGCUGACCCAUGGGGAAGACCUGAAAGGAAGUCUGGAGAAGUAUAUUAAUGCAUGUGGUGCCCUCAAGAACAUUGUUGCAAUGUGCAACAAUCGCUACCAUUUAUUCAACAACUCCUCCAAAGACUCUAAGCAAGUCACUGAGCUCAUCAAGAAAAUUCCAAAUUUUAAGAAAAAGAAAAAGUCCCUGAUGUCCUUGGUGUUUGAUGCACUGCAAUUGGAGGAUUAAACUUAAUGCAGUAUAAAUAUGUGCCCACUGUUCUGUCAGAUACAGGAUAAUGUAGCCUCAAGCAGAAAUGAGUGGUGGGAGUGAGUGUGUCCCCUCUCUGACCUCUCUGGACGAGUAUUUUCAAUAGUUUUAUGUGACAAAUAGGUUGAGUCCCUUUGUGUGACAUACAAUAACAUACAUUAUUAUUAUGUAUACAUGAUUUCAUUUUUGUUUUUUCUGUGGUGCAAAAGAAGAGUAAGAAUAUUCAAAGGUCUUAAAAUGACAUUAACGCUAACAACAAAAUAUACUCAAUACUGCACUCUUCCAUGUUGUAUCUAGAUAUUUGUAGUCUGAGAGUCUGUAAAGCAGCAGAAUCAAAUGAAUUUGCCCCCAGUUAACCAGACAGUAUUCAGUAUUGUCAAGUUAACUCAAAAUAUUGAUAGUAAAAUAUCAAGACCCAGCAGUUUAAUAACACACAGUAUGAUGUCUGAUUAUUUGCAUGGCUUUUGUAUAUCAGAACUGUGUUUAUGCGAGCAGAGAGGAAGACAAAGAAAAAAAGAAGAUAUUUUAAUGCUGUAAUGAGCACUAUAUAGCAAUGAUCUGGUUGGCUAAGAAAUUUUUAUUGUUUAAUGAUGAUGUUACUCUACAUACUGUAUAAGCGUUGGUUAGUACCAGACAAUCUUUUGUUAUGUAUCCUGAAAUAUUAAAAUAAAGUAAUAA